CGGUCGAAGAUCUUAUUAAAAAAUGUAAAGAAAUCGUAGAAGCUGAGGGAGAAAGAAUUGAUGAUGAAGAAUAUGUGAAUGACACCGAUCCUAGUAUUCUUCGGUUCUUGCUUGCCAGCAGAAAAGAGUUCGUAUGUUGCAGGUUUCGAGUGUGCAAUUACGGGAUGAUCUUUUGUCACUAUUAGUUGCUGGCCAUGAGACCACUGGUUCCGUGUUAACCUAGACCCUUUAUCUUCUAAGUAAGGUACAAAUUUGCUUUUCUUUGCUCCUUUUCUUCUUUCUUGAAGAUAAGAUUUCUGUUUUUUUUGCAAUCAACUUUAUGAAUUGAUUAGUAAGCCUCCCUCCAAUUUCGCCUCAGCAUCAAUGAGUUGCUCGCUGCAUAUAUUGUGUCUCUAUUUAUGUAUUUUGACAUAUCAUUAUGGAUCAAUCUCCUCUGAAGCGAGGAAGUUGCUAAAGUGAAAGUCUAAUCACCCUUGAAUUAAGAUGGUAGGACUCACACAUGAUAGAAGUUACAAAUUCAAUAGUGAUUAACCUUUUACUUUAUUACUUUACAAUUCUCCUUGCUUUAGAGAAUCUUUUUCCAUAUGAUUACUAGCAUUGAGUGAAAAAAUAAGAGUUUCACCAUGGCUUUUCCGUCCCCCGACCUCCAUUUUGUGCAAGAUUCUUCUGCGUUGGCAAAAGCACAAGAAGAGGUAGACAGAGUUUUACAGGGAAGACAUCCCGCCUAUGAAGAUAUUAAAGAUCAUAAGUUCUUGACACGCUGCAUCAUCGAGUCACUCCGUCUCUAUCCACAUGCUCCAGUGUUGAUAAGAAGAGCUCAAGUUCCUGAUGAACUUCCUGGUUCUUACAAAGUCAAUGUUGGUCAAGAUAUUAUGAUUUCUGUGUACAAUAUACAUCAUUCUUCUGAGGUUUGGGACAGGGCUGAAGAGCUUUUGCCAGAAAGAUUCGACAUGGAUGGGCCGGUGCCGAAUGAGACGAACACGGAUUUCAGAUUCAUUCCAUUCAGCGGAGGCCCUCGCAAAUGCAUCGGCGACCAGUUCGCAUUAUUGGAGGCCACAGUUGCUCUUACAAUCUUUCUACAGAACAUGAACUUUGAGCUGGUUCCUGAUCAAAAUAUCAGUAUGACUACAGGAGCAACAAUACAUACAACAAAUGGUUUGUACAUGAAACUGAGCAAACGGUAGACAAGGUUUAACAUUAACUAUUUCUUAAUUAACAAAAUUGUUUAAUAAUAAUAAUCAGCAUAUUAUACUCCUAUGAUGUUUCUUUUCCCCCCUCAUUUUUCCCCUAGAUGAUUAGCACAAAGGUACAUGCUAAUAUCUAGCAAAUAUGUAUUCAAUAGAAAUUCUUUUCAAUAAUUCAAUAAUUCAUUCAUAAUUUCUAAA